UUUGUUAGUCCAAAUUUGUAGUCACAGACACACAGAGAGAGAUAUGCUAUCGCUUAGACUUUGUUGUUCACGUUCGCUUGUAAUUUCGAAACCCUUUAUUGGUUUCGUGGAGAAACUCUCGCUUUCUUCGAGAAGAAACGUUUCGCAGAGUAGCACCAGAAACCUCUGCUUCUGUGCGAAGCUGCCCAUUGAGCCGAAUGGACUCACUUCUUCUCAAAAUCAUACUCCACAUGAUUCUCCUCUUUCUGGAAUGGAGGAAGUUCUUGGGAGCUAUGUAUUUGGGAAGAAGAAGGCAACAGAAGUUGCUCACUUGGUUUGGAAACAUGUUGUCCAGAAAGGGGAUAUGGUCAUUGAUGCCACUUGUGGCAAUGGUUAUGAUACUUUAGCAAUGGUCAAAAUGGUCGCUGAUGAAUCAGCCAGGGGAUGUGUUUAUGCAAUGGAUAUUCAGAAUGAUGCUUUAGAAAGUGCUUCUUCUUUGCUAGAAGAGUCACUUAAUCCAAACGAGAAAGAGCUUGUUAAACUCUUGCCCAUGUGCCACAGUAAAAUGGACAAAGUUGUUCCAGAGGCCUCUGUGAGGCUUGUUGCAUUCAAUUUAGGUUACCUUCCUGGUGGUGACAAAAAAAUAAUUACAAAGCCAGAAACAACACUACUUGCACUGGAAGCUGCAAAGGGAAUCCUAAUGCCAGGAGGGCUUAUCAGCUUGGUGGUUUAUGUGGGGCAUCCUGGCGGCUGGGCAGAAUCUGAGACUGUACACACUUUUGCUUCUAAAUUACCAGUUAACAAUUGGGUCUGCUGCAAGUUCCAGAUGUUAAACCGACCAUGGGCUCCCAUACUUGUUCUCUUAUUCAAAAGAUGAGUCAUUUUGUUUUCCUAGUUUUAAGGAUUUUUGUACUUAACCAUUUCCUACAGGCUCUCAUUCUUAUUUUAUGUAAAUAUUAUACAAUCGAUUGAAUCACAAUGCUUCUCUCAUCCCUGAUAUUUUCUUCAGUUUAUAAUAACUUCAUA